AAAGGAAGGCAGAGAGGGCACUGGGAGGAGGCAGUGGGAGGGCGGAGGGCGGGGGCCUUCCGGGUGGGCACCCAGGGCAGGGCAGGUGGCCGCGGCGUGGAGGCAGGGAGAAUGCGACUCUCCAAAACCCUCGUCGACAUGGACAUGGCCGACUACAGUGCUGCACUGGACCCAGCCUACACCACCCUGGAAUUUGAGAAUGUGCAGGUGUUGACGAUGGGCAACGACACAUCCCCGUCAGAAGGCACCAACCUCAACGCGCCCAACAGCCUGGGUGUCAGCGCCCUGUGUGCCAUCUGCGGGGACCGGGCCACGGGCAAACACUACGGCGCCUCGAGCUGUGACGGCUGCAAGGGCUUCUUCCGGAGGAGUGUGCGGAAGAACCACAUGUACUCCUGCAGAUUUAGCCGGCAGUGCGUGGUGGACAAAGACAAGAGGAACCAGUGCCGCUACUGCAGGCUCAAGAAAUGCUUCCGGGCUGGCAUGAAGAAGGAAGCCGUCCAAAAUGAGCGGGACCGGAUCAGCACUCGAAGGUCAAGCUAUGAGGACAGCGGCCUGCCCUCCAUCAAUGCGCUCCUACAGGCAGAGGUCCUGUCCCGACAGAUCACCUCCCCCGUCUCCGGGAUCAAUGGCGACAUUCGGGCGAAGAAGAUCGCCAGCAUCGCAGACGUAUGUGAGUCCAUGAAGGAGCAGCUGCUGGUUCUCGUCGAGUGGGCCAAGUACAUCCCGGCUUUCUGCGAGCUCCCCCUGGACGACCAGGUGGCCCUGCUCAGAGCCCAUGCUGGCGAGCACCUGCUGCUCGGAGCCACCAAGCGAUCCAUGGUGUUCAAGGACGUGCUGCUCCUAGGCAAUGACUACAUUGUCCCUCGGCACUGCCCGGAGCUGGCGGAGAUGAGCCGGGUGUCCAUGCGCAUCCUUGACGAGCUGGUGCUGCCCUUCCAGGAGCUGCAGAUCGAUGACAAUGAGUAUGCCUACCUCAAAGCCAUCAUCUUCUUUGACCCAGAUGCCAAAGGGCUGAGCGAUCCAGGGAAGAUCAAGCGGCUGCGUUCCCAGGUGCAGGUGAGCUUGGAAGACUACAUCAAUGACCGCCAGUAUGACUCGCGCGGCCGCUUUGGAGAGCUGCUGCUGCUGCUGCCUACCCUGCAGAGCAUCACCUGGCAGAUGAUCGAGCAGAUCCAGUUCAUCAAGCUCUUCGGCAUGGCCAAGAUCGACAACCUGCUGCAGGAGAUGCUGCUGGGAGGGUCCUCCAGCGAUGCACCCCAUGCCCACCACCCCCUGCACCCUCACCUGAUGCAGGAACACAUGGGAACCAAUGUCAUCGUUGCCAACACAAUGCCCACUCACCUCAGCAAUGGACAGAUGUCCACCCCUGAGACCCCACAGCCCUCACCGCCAGGUGGCUCAGGGUCUGAGCCCUACAAGCUCCUGCCAGGAGCCGUCGCCACAAUCGUCAAGCCCCUCUCUGCCAUCCCCCAGCCGACCAUCACCAAGCAGGAAGUUAUCUAGCAAGCCGCUGGGGCUUGGGGGCUCCGCUGGCUCCCCCCAGCCCCCUCAGAGAACGCCUGGUGAUCACGUGGUCACGGCAAAGGAAGACGUGACGCCAGGACCAGUCCCAGAGCAGGAAUGGGAAGGAUAAAGGGCCCGAGAACAUGGCCUAAGGGCUACAUCCCACUGCCACCCUUGACACUCUGCUCUGGAUAACGAGACUUUGACUUGGGAAGACGCCACUGGAAAGUCCUCUACUGCCUUGGACGACUUUUCUCAUGUUGAAGCCACUGCCUUCACCUUCACCUUCAUCCAU